AUGGAAUCAAGUGAAGUCAAAGCCACCACCUCAUCAGCAGUAAUGCCCAAAAAUUCAACAAAUGAAGAUGAAGACGACUUUGAAGUAGAAGAAGUUGCGACAACUACUCAAAAAUUAGAAAAUCUUGACAUUAACAAAGACAAUGAUCAAAAGAAAGAACUAGCAACAAAAGCAAAGCUUACAAAGUCAUCGAGAGCUUUUAAGCCUAAAGUGAAGGAAAAGGCCAAACUAGCAAAUAAGGGGAGAACUUUUAAACCAUCUAAGCCGACUGAUGAAGAGCAAAAGGCGUAUCAUUACCAAGAUACUUACCAGCAAUACCAAGAUUAUGGGUCGGGAUAUAACGAAGGAGCUCCUGAUUAUUACCACGGAGCUUCCGAGGACGAUGAUUUAGAGAACGACUUCGCCCAAUUCCAAUAUGAAAAUGAACAACUCGAAUUAAUCAAAGAUAAUGUAGGAGAAUUUGGAGAAGGCCUCAUCAGAUUUGAGGAAAGCUCUAGAAAUUGUCAAUGUUGUCAAGGCCUGGUAGAAAGAUGUGAUGGGGAUAUCUGUCAAUCUCUUGGAGAAUGUUAUUGCAUCUCUCAUAAGAAAUAUUCCUAAAUUCUAUCACUCAGAAUAGGCGUAAAAAGUAAAUCAUAAGCAGGAGAAAUAAUAGCUGCUCUUUAGGAUCAUAAGGAGCAGUAGAAUUUAUACAUCAUGUUCUCAACUUUCGGGUCC